UGGCUUUGCGAUUCUGUGAAAUCAGUAAGAUUUUCCUGUUGAAUUUUAAUAUAGUAUUAGCAAAUCUAACGUUUUAGUUAUAAUAUUGCAUUGGAGUGCAUUUCAAGUACCAUUUAUUUGCUUAUAGACUAUAUUAAUCUUCGUUUGUAAAAUGAAUACAAACUUUCUAUCGUGUUCGUUUUUGAUAAGCAUAUCGUUUUUCUGUUUUAUUUACAAAGCAACUGCGAGUGAUAUUAUUGAUAAUGAUAAGCCGAGAUAUCGCAGGUUUAGUGGGAUCCCCUUGGAAUCUACUUCACCAGUAGCGGAUAGUGCAAAAGAAUGCAGAUUUUGGACUGAGGUAGCAAAAAGUAGCCUUCUUCCUCCCCCUUUGAAGGAUUUUUCUAUAUCAUUUGGCUGUACAAGAAACGUACUGUGUACUGGAAUAAACUGUUCAGGAAAAUACAGCAAUACUACGUUCAAUUUUGGCUUGGCUAUUAAUACAUGUAAUGGUCCACUGAGUGUAAGUAUAUUUGGAAACAUACCUGUGCUUGGAGCUAAAUGGAAUAAAACACUAACACGUGGGGACACACUUGACAUUGCAGAAGAAGGUAUCCAUUUGAGUACGUUGGGCUUAACCCUCAAGCCAAAAUUAAAGUUUGGGAUGACUCCAGCUGGAAAUGAAUUAGUGGUGAAUUUAAAGGAAUACACAGAAAGCAGUGUUGAGCAUGGGUUGUUUUUACCGAAGAAUUUCAGUAUUUUACACAACUUGAGAAUUCCUUUACCAGAUUGCUCUCGAAAAUCUGUUAAUUAUCCCGUAUCUUCCCAGUCAACAUCAAGUCGAUCAAAGAGUAAUCAGAAAGCUGUCAAUAAGAUUGAGGACUCUCACCAGAAAGCAUUUUUAUAUCUUACCAAAACACAUAUGAAUGAAAAAAAAUGUGAUAUUGGAGACAUGGAUGCUUGUGACGAUUAUGAAAUAUGCGAGCAAAAGGCCUAUAAUUCUCAAAAAGGAAUCUGUCGCUGUCAGUAUGGUUAUCAGCGAAAACAAAAUGGAAGCUGUACGCUAACAGAAGAAACUCCAACCGAUACUACAGUAGUGACUGUUAUCAACGUGGAACCUGAAAAUUCAACCUCCAAACUUGAUUCGAGUGCUACAGCCAGUUCAUCUCUUAACCUGAUUCUAACGGCCACUCUUGUUCCUCUUCUGGUAAUUGUUCUGUUGUCAGCUUCCAUAUAUGCCCUUGUGCGUUACAAACUGUGCCAGCCACUGCCCAGAAGACUUCGAGUCAGAGCAUCUGAACACAUGCUCCUUGAUCAAGACGAUGAAGAACUGCAAAAUCCUGCAAGCUAAGUUUAAUCUCAAGAAAAAUAGAAGUUAAAAGAUAUCAUGAGUUUAUUUCAUUAAGUUUGUAUAUGUUGUUAAAAAAAUGCUUGCUCUAAGUUGAUCUUGAUGCAAAAUUUAGUAUUAGAGUUUCCAGAUAAACCUUGGAGAGUGGUUUGUAUUAUUAAAGAAAAUAUCACUUUGUGUAAUUAGAGCCUUUUCCUUGUAAAUUGAUAUGAAUUUUAUUGUUUUUAUAUUGCAAACCCUGAAACUUACCCCUAUAAUUAUGUAGUUUUUUUUUUGUAUUUAAAUUUUUAUUUUUCACCCAAUUGUUCAAGGAUACUUCGAUGAAAAAUGUUUCUACUUUAGUAAGGAGUUAUAUGGUGAUUUUAUUUGUCUUUGUUGCUUACCAGAUAGAUGUUAAUAGAUAAAAGCUUGUAUUUUCUGCAAAAUGUAUGCAUAGUUUUGAGUAUGAUGAGUUUGUUUACCAUCCAGUUCUUCUCGUGUAAACUGGACACGUUAUCUAUUGGCUAGGAUCAGAGUUCAAGAGUUUAUAACAGUCGUUGUAGACUUAUUCAUGUGACAUCACAAAGCCUUAAUGGUUGUUUUCUCACACCAUUCUCGAGAUGCAACUCUGCAAUUUACUUAUAUAAGUGUCAUUUUGCAUAAAGUUGAAACUUAAAUUGCUUAGAAUUUAUUGUUAAUAUUUUUAUUACAAAAUAAGCAUUUAUCAGUGUAUGGUUUAGAAGGUCAAAAUAAAAAUGUAUAUGCAUUA